GCAUCUAGAUCAGUUUCAGAUCGAUCUUCGCCUAAAGAUCAUUCCAAAAACUAGAAUAGUUAAGAAAUCAGUCCCGCAUUCACCAUGAGAACUUUAAGUCUUUGCGUUUUGUUUGUUAUCCUCUUUUGCGCAAGCCAAGGAUUAGCGGCGAAGAUGAGCCGGUGUGGAGUAGCUAAUAUGCUGCUGAAAUAUGGAUUUCCCAGGAAAGAUUUAGCCGACUGGGUGUGUCUGAUUGAACAUGAGAGUUCCUUCAGGACGAACGUCGUCGGACCUCCAAACACAGAUGGCUCACGGGAUUAUGGAUUGUUCCAGAUCAACAGCCGAUAUUGGUGCUCCGGGGAUGGUCCAUCGCAUAACAUGUGCCGUAUUCCCUGCCGAAUGCUCCUCUCCAAUGACAUGACCCAUUCAAUCCGCUGUGCUGUAACCGUGUUCAGGAAGCAAGGAUUAAGUGCCUGGUACGGCUGGUCCGGACAUUGCCAGGGUAACGCGCCCAGUGUGGAGAACUGCUUCAGGAGCUAUAACAACCUCUAUUAUGGAAAAUAGAAUAGUUUAGAAUAUUAGGACGUAAGAUAGUUACUAAGUGUUAAAUAAAGUAAUGUUAAUAAAAGAAAUAGCGCCUGGAUUUUUGCCACGUGACCGAUUAAUAGA